GUUGGUUUGACUGAGGAAUCAUUUUGGAGGUUUAAAGAAUUAAACAAAUGUAAAAGGAGACAGACUAAAGUAUAUAAUUGAGACAUCAAGCUUCCAGUUCAAGACAAGGUCUCCUGAGGAUAGGAUGGGGCUUCCCAGGUGGUGCUAGUGGUAAAGAACCUGCCUGCCAAUGCAGAAGACAUAAGAGAUGCAGGUUCGAUCUGGGAGUUGGGAAGAUCCCCUGGAGGAGGGCCUGGCAACCCACUCCAGUAUUCUUGCCUGGAGAAUCCCCAUGGACAGAGGAGCCUGGUGGGCUACAGUCCAUCAUGUCACAAAGAGCCAGACAAGACUGAAGUGACUUAGCACACAUGCACAAGGAUAGGAUAAUUUAGAAGUGGGUGUUUCCUGGGUCUCAGAUCCCCCAUGCUUGAACUUAAAAAGUAAGAUUUAUGGAGCAACUGUGGUAAGCUUUUCCAUUUACAGUGUUUGCACAUAUGAUAUCAUUUAAUCCUCACAUGAGGUCUUGCAAAACAACCUAUUAUUAUCCUCAAUUUACAGUGGAGGAACUCAAGGCCAGAGUCAGCUUAAGGCCCACCAUUGUUCUGUGGGGGACCUGCUUCUGACCUCAGCCUCUCUUCACAGUACCCAGGCUGCUUCUUACUACCAUCCAGCCUUCAGGGAAGGAAAAUGUAAGAGACGUGUCACUGCUACCGAAUCCCCUAAAUUACUCUUCAUUCCAGUCCCUCACCCCUCUGACGCUGCCCUCUGGGGCAAAGGGCACAGGGGAAGGGGCCUUGGUAGGUUAAUUAUUAACUCUUUGCACCUCAGGCACCGCGGCUUCUCUCCCCUCCCGGAGGCGGAGGGACAAAGCCCGGCUAGCAGCUGGCGAGGGGGCGGUGGUCCCUGCCGCAGCCAUGGGGGUCGCACUGCCGCGGCAGAUACCGCGGCGCUGGCUGCACAACGCAAUUCCUCUUGCUGUCUUCGCGCUACUGCUUGUUUAUCUCUGGGCUCGGAACCUUCGCUGCGGAUCUGGGACACAGUCCUGCAUUGCGGAGAGGCCGCCGCCUUUCCAGGUCCAGCAACAGUCGGGACCCCUGGAGGGCCCGGAAUGGGAAGAGCCUCAGUGUCUGGGCCCCCAGGGGAUGCUGGGCCGUAUGAUGAGGCUGUUCCGCGCCAGUCUGAACCCGGAAGGGGACGUGGAAUUGUCACGGUACCUGGCAGGAUGGAGGGAGUUAGUCAGGUUCCUAACUCCCCUCGGCUCCAUCUUCGCCUUCGCCACAAGGGAGGCCUCCGCCAAAGUGACAGCCCUCGAAGCCUUGGUGUACGGCCCAGAGGCCGCGCACUACACGUCCCUGGGGACGAUGGUGGCGUGGGAGCGGCCCGAGAUCGCCCCACCGCCCUCGGCCAAGGCUUCGGGCUCGGUAACGAUGCUCUUGCUGCACCGUGCGCUACGCUGGUCCCAGCUCUGCCUCCACCGGGUGGCGAUCGGGAUGCUCGGAGGCCCGGACGCCGGCAUUCAGUGCAGCGACGCUUAUGGUACGGCUCUGGCCCCGCAUCACUCCUGGCUCGUCCGUCAGGCUGCCCACCUUGCAUUCCUCGCUUUCCCGGGUCGCGGCCGCUUACUCGAGGUGAUGUGUCCCGGAGCCAGAGAGACGGAGGCGAGGGCCGCAUUGGCCCGGGCCGCGGGCACUCUGGAGGACGUCUACAACCGUACCCAGGGAUUAUUGGCCGAGCGCGGCUUGCUCGAGCUGGCCUGAUGCCUGCUGGCGAAAGGAAAGACUCACACCGGGAAGGCGUCGGUACAGCUGGCGUUGAGCCCUAGACUGGCCUCUCGGCGCCAGGGGCGUGGUCACCACAUACCCCGCCUCCGUGGUGACGUCACCAACCCGGCGUGGGUAGGGUUUUAGCUUCUUCCGCUAUCUGCAAUCUCCCGGAGGAGGGAGAACAGUGGGGAAUAAAAACAGUGGGGCUAUUCUCUGAUAGCCGUCGAUUUAGGGCGUUUUGUGCGAUGAUGGCAGGCGCUUAAGGGAAAUAGGAAAAAUAGAUGCGGGAAAAUGAAGAUGUGUUAUUCCUAUUCCCCGCCGCCGAGAGACUCGCUACCCCUGACCUGUCUCAGUCAUUCCUACAGCUUCACUUGUCCACUACAUGCCACGUCUCCAGUCCAGACCUGUCCCCUGAGCUCCAGCCCCCGUAAAGCCAACUCUUUCCCGGACAUCGCCAUAGACACCGCAAAUGCAACACAUCCUACACGGAUCCAGUCACCUCCUCCCAGAACCGCACCUCUUCUUAUGUUUCCUAUCUCAAUAAAUGACACCCUUUCCCGUCAGCUACCCAAGGCUAAAACCUGUGCGUCUUGACUCACGUCAAGCAGGCGCCAGCUCAAUAAUGUUCGUUUGUGGACUCCAGUGAACAAAGUUAUACACUGAUAACUCCCAAAUUAUAACUCCAACCCACUUUCCCCUGGAUUCCAGAAUACUAUGUAUACUAGUCCUUAUUCCACAUCUCCAUGUGGAUUUCAACUAGACAUAGCAAACUUAACAAGUCCAAAACGGAGCUUCCGAUAUCCUCUCCUCCUAAAAUGCUCCAUAGUCCUCACUACCUCAGUAAAUGACAAUUCCCUUCUGCUACAUCCUUAAGCUAAAAAACCUUGUGGUCAUCCAGACUCUGGUUUGUUUCAUCAUACCCACCUCAAUCCGUCAAAUUCUAUUUCUUACUAUCUUCACUGCUAGGACUUCCCUUGUGGCUCAGACGGUAAAGCGUCUGCCUCCAACGUGGGAGACCCAGGUUUGAUCCCUGGGUCAGGAAGAUCCUUUGGAGAAGGAAAUGGCAACCCACUCCAGUACUCUUGCCUGGAAAAUCCCAUGGACAGAGGAGCGUGGUAGGCUACAGUCCAUGGGGUCGCAAAGAGUCGGACACGACUGAGCGACUUCACUUCACUUCAUCUCCACUGCUACCCACCUAUCAAGUCACUUUUAUCUAUCACUUGGAUUGUUGCAAUAGCCUUCUGUUUCUCUCUCCCAUACUUUGCUUCCCUAUGGCAUAUUUUCAAUAGAGUAGCCACAGUGAUCUUUAAAAUGUAGAGCAUAUCAUGUCACUUCCCUGCUCAACAUUUUCCAAUGGUUUCCUAUUGCACUUAGAUUAAAACUUUUAAAAACUAAGCAGAAGAUUUUCUGGAUCAUAUCUUCAGUUGAGAAGGAAGGAUGAAAACUUCCUCAAAAGUCCUCUGUGAUCUGAUUGCACUAGCCAAACUGACCUCCUCAGUAUCUAUUGACUGUGUCAGGCAGGGGCUUCCCUGGUGGCUCAGUGGUAAAGAAUCUGCCUACCAAUGUAGGAUUCUCGGGUUCAAUCCCUGGGCUGGUAAGAUCCUCUGGAGAAGGAAAUGGCAACCCAUUACAGUAGUCUUGCCUGGGAAAUCCCAUGGACAGAGGAGCCUGGAGUGCUGUAGUCCUUGGGGGUUGCAAAAGUCAAAUACAAUUUAGCGACUAAACAACAACAUGUCAGGCAAGAUCCUGCCUCAGGACCAUUGUACUUGCUCUUCUCUCUGUCCAGAAUGCUUUUCCCCAAUAUAUACAAAUGACUUCCCUCCUUUCUUUUGGUCUUUAUUUACAGGUCUCCUGAGUGAAACCUGCCUUGAUUAUUCUUUCUAAAAUUUCAACACACACACACACUUCCUAUCUCCCUUCCUUGCUUUGUUUUUCUUCUUAGUAUAAUUCACUAUCUAACAUACUAUAUAUUGUACUUGUAUGUACAGUAUCUACAUACUGUAUAUUGUAUUCUAUGUCUCCCCCCCAUAGAAAGUUUCAUGGGGCUAGGAAUUUUUCUACUUUGUUCCCAGAUAUACUUUCAGUGCCUCAAAUGUUGUCUGGCAUCUAGCAGACAUUCAACAGCUCUUUGAUGAAUGAAUGUAUGAGGAAGCACUAAAAAUAGUUCAGAUGAUUGCAGUCAAGAGUGUCAAAAAGAAAAGAGGGGAUAGCACAACAAUGUAAGUGUACUUAAUGCUAUUGAAUUGUGCACCAAAAAUGGUUAAAAUGCUAAAUUUUAUAUUAUUUAUAUUUUACUACAACAAAAAAUAUUAAAAGAGAUGUGAUUCCAGUCAGGUGGGCAGGAGCAAGUUCACAAAGGCCCUUAUAAACUAUUAUAGAGAUGGGAGACUGUUUCUUGAGAGUUAAUUUUAAGGGAGGGUGUGUCAGGGUCAUAUUUUCAAUUCAAAUCCCAGCUCCAGCUGAUGUAUGUAGAAAUAGUAUGGCAAGUUCAUAGGAGGACCACUCCACACAAUAACAGUCAAAUAUAUAUUCUUCUUAAGCACACAUGCAACCCCAGAGUAGACCAUAGACUAGGAAAAAUAGAUGCUUCAAAAUAUUUUUAAAGGUUGAAGCCACAAAAUCUUCUCCAACUAUGCUGAAAUGAAAUUAGAAAUCAAUAGUAAAAGGAAAUUUGAAAAAUUCACAAAUAAGUGGAAAGUAAAAAAGCACACUUUUAACCAAACACUAGGGCACAGAAGAAAUCACCAGGAAAAUACUUUUUCUCCCCCACUCCAAGAAAAAUACUUUUGAGACUAGGGAAAGUGAAAACAAAGCA